AUGGAUGACAAAAAAAAUAUCUUAUUCUUAUUCGUGGCAAUUUGUCUUUUGGGACAACGAAUGGUAUCAGGUAAGUUUACAGCAAAAGUAUAUCGAUUCUUUGCAUGUUUACGUCCUGAAGCAUAAUUUGACACCAUGCAAGUCAAACAGCGAAGUAUCUGAUUUUCAUCCAAUUUGCGAUAAAUAUCUUUUAUAAACCCAUAAACCUCGCAUUUUCCCCGUGGACCCAUCUCUAUACCGACUUCUUUCCGAAUCGUGAUCAGUUUCGUCUAGUAUUCCUCUUCAGUUCAAACGCAUUUUUCAGUCACGCUUGGUCGCAUCACAAUGGCGGAAUAAUAACUUUCACUUUCCAAACAUUGCGGAAAUAAGACCGCAGGCAAUGAUGUAACUUGAUUUGCACUUAAAAAUUAAAGAAAGGCAUAUCUUGGAAGGAAAGUCUUUAAAGGGACCACUAAGAAAUGUGACCUGAAAGCAAAAACAGUCACAGUAUUAAAAGGAUGGUACACGUAAAUAGUUUACGGUUAACUGAACAAAAGUUUUUAAAUUCCAUUUCCCUUUUAAAAGGAUAACGAUAAGCGUGGAACAGUCGGGCAAAGCAAAACUUAAACGGCUACGAAAUUUUGCAACGGAAAGCCGAUCGAGAACGUUAAUUGGCUGAACAAGAUCCAAAAACAUCCGCCUCAAAAGAUAUAGACUUUAAAAAAGUAGGUUGUUAUACGUGGGUGCAAUACCGUAUGUUUAACAUUCGUUUGAACAAGAUGCUUAAAUUGGUCUAGCUGAUAGAUGCAUUCUAGGCAAACAGUAAUUUCAAUGUUUUAUCCCUUUUUGUAGCAUCAUGUGAACAAGUUGAUGUAGGAGUGAGCUGGUACAUUCUCGACAAUCAGUUAAAUGCUUCCUCUGAACUGAAUGCCAGCACACCAGCAAAGAAUGGCCGACUGAACUUUGUAGCGGGAUCAUCAUGGUGUGCAUCCACGAGUGACAGCGGUCCAUAUCUACAGAUUGACUUACGGAUUCCUCAUAUCAUCUGUGCUGUAUCCACUCAGGGGAAUUCCCAGGGGAGUCAGUGGGUGGAGUCUUACACCCUACAGUCAUCUACAAAUGGGACAACUUGGACAGACUAUAAAGAAAAUGGAAAAGUUAAGGUAGUUGAAGUUAAAGGGUGCAUAUAUUAAUGGCCUGACCUGUCACUUUAAAAAGAAAAAAAUGCUUUUUUCUAGAGUUUUUUUUUUUUUUUUUGCAUAAAAAGACGAUCUCUUCCUACCACCCUACUUAGGAUAAGACUGGUCUGGCUGCAAACACAGUUCUGAUUGAUAGGAAGCUGAAACCCAUUUUCUGCUGCAUGAAGCACCUAGGAGUAUAAAUUGCUUCUCUCCUUUGAAUGGAAUGCUAGUCUGUUCAAAGGUUACCUUACGAAAUUUGUUGCACUUAUAUACUGAGGUGGAAGAAUGACAAGCGUGUAAAGGAGCAAAGUUUGUUAUCUAAGGGAGUAAUGCCAUGUGGCAAAGAUAAUUGAAUCCAGAAGGGAGAAGUGGGAAGUGAGGGGGUGACAUCCCAUUGGGUUCACAGGAAAGUCACUAAGUGCUAGUGACCAGGAAUUUCCUAGCUAUGUCCUACUGCCAGUACGACCCCUGGCUACUUUCAAAGGAAACAAAAGGAAAGCAGACUGAACCAAUAGAAUGUCCUAGCUGUUCAAAUCAUUACCUAUAAUUUGCAUAUAUCUUGCAACUUAGUGACAGCCCUGCGUUUAGUAAACUGAACUCUCCGCUAUCUUUAUUUAAGAAUCACCUCCUAAAUGCUAAGCCUUUUUUUGUUUUUAAUUUUUUUCCAGACCUUCAAUGGAAACUUCGAUCAGAACUCAGUAGAAAAACAGAUCUUGUUCAGUGCGUUUGUUGCCAGAUACUUGCGUUUUGUUGUUGGGUCCAAACAUGGUGAAGCUUGUUUACGAGUAGAAGUCUCUGGCAUACCUAGAAGCAGAGGUUUGAUAUAUUGAGGAUAUUCUUCAGUUUUCAAGGAAUUUAGUUUUUUACCCAGUUGUGGAACCUUCCUUCACAUCAUUGAUAUGAUCUUUUUCUUUUUGCGACCACAUCAGCUCUUCAACCAUUAUCUUUCUCUUUCUUUUUUAAAAAUCUUGUUAACAUACAGUCUUUGCAAGUAAUUCACUGUAUGCCGUAGUCUCUCCUCACUCCUUGCCACUAAAGACAUUUCACAGGAAAGAGGUCUGCAAUUUUGCCACAAAGAUUUCAUUUUGAUGAUCAUAUGUAGAUUUGUCUCUGGAAUCUGGUCAACGAGCAGGGAUUGGUCAAAGUAGUGGCAAAUGACAGACAAAAGACAAAAGGUCACAAUGAUGUACAGUAAAUGCCAUGAAUCAACUAAAAAAGUCAUUAUUCAUGGAAUAUUAUCUUCUUUACAAGAAGAAUUUGAGUUUUGCUGCUGCUCUUUCACAGAAGAAACCAAAACCUUAACGAUAACACACCAGGAGAGACUUAGACUCAAACAAUUUUAUAUCUAGAACCCCAUCACUACCAGAUUAAUUUUGUAAACAUUGAUUUACGUCAUCAAUAUGGAAUUUUUGGGGCUAUUUCACAGAUGGCUCUCCUGUGAAAGGUCACCAGUGGCGAGGAUUAAGGAGAGAUGGUAGUGUAUUUGCAGGCUAGUUUGUGGCCAACCUGUCAAAAUUAAGAGGUUUAAUUUUUGAACAGUUACCGAUUAAAUACUUGCCAUGACCAUUGUUUUGUACAGCACUGCAGACACACUACAUGUACAGCUGCUAUACACGUACUCUGAACAUUAACAGGAGUAUUCAGAAAGGCCUUCAAUACUUGAUUUUCCUUUCAGUGUUGAAGGCUGUGCUGUAAUAAAAAUUCUAAGGAGCCGAAUGCUCUGCACCUAGCUGUGAAAUCCAGGGUGCCCAGCAUAUGAUUUCCAUGCAGACGCUGAGAUCUUCUAGUCCCCAAGAACAGAAGUAAGGACCCAGUGGUCUCCAAGAGCGGGGAGAGCACAGCCUGCAACCCUGCUGCGUUUAUCUGUAAUUUCUAUUAUUCGUUUGGUUUUUAGUUCCGAGAAAUAUUGCCCUUUUCAAGCCAACAAGUCAGUCAAGUGCAUACAGUGAUUCGAUAUCCUACCCUGCUAGCAAUGCAGUGGAUGGAGAUAGGGGUACAGACAUCAGCAAAUGUACACACACUCUCAAAGAAAACAAUCCUUGGUGGAGAGUAGACCUGGGGCGAGUACAGCCUGUAGCUGAAGUGAAUAUACUCAACAGAGACACACUGUCAAACAGAUUGGAUGGAGCUGAGAUAAGAGUGGGUAGGUAGUAAGUGUGGGAGAUGCUGUAAUCAGUUGCUUUACCUUGUUCAGAAGUGUUCCUUGUUAAUUUUGGAAUAUUUUAAUUAACUGAAAUUAUUUUCCAUUGGCUUUUAAGUUAAGAUUUCUCAGAAGAAAAGUAUGUGAAAGUGAUCACUGUGCUUUGUAAAAGUGUGCAUGUAUUUAGUACCAAUAGCAUUUUCUUCCUACAUAGUUACAUUCAUGUAAAGUCAAAAUCCCACAGAUUCUAUUUGAGUGAACCAAUAUAUACAUCAAUGUAGAGGUUUUGCAAGUGAGAUUGCAGCACUCCCCUGAUCUUGAAGUCAAUGCCAAGAUUGUUUCUUUUUUUUUUUUGAACUAUUAUUAUGCAUGAAUUGUGUUCAAAUAUUGCAGUAAAUGUUACCUCAUAUUUUCUUUUAUUCGCUUUGCAAGGAAAUGAAACAACAAAUGGAGGAGCAGACAACAGUCUUUGUGCAAAUAACAUACAAAUCCCAGCAGCAAGUUCCAAGACAUAUUUCUGUCGUCCCAAAGCAUAUGGCAGAUAUUUGUACAUCAGAUUACCUGGCAUUACGAUGUUUUUGACGCUCUGCGAGGUUGAAGUUUAUUCCUAUCUUAACUCAGAAAGUAAGAGCGCUUUUCUUUCUUCCUGUUUAUUUUGUAGGUACAGUAUGUGCAUUCCCAACAUACGUGUGGCUUUACAUACAUGACAAUGCAAUCUACUUAAGAUGAAAUACAAUUAAAUAAAAUUAAAAAGACACCUAUUAAUAAAAGAUCUCUUAAAGCGUUUUGUUUUAACAGCAGGUAAAAUAAAAUCAUGUCCUCUGUUUCGCAAAACUCUCUGUUUCUAGGGGGGGUAAUAGUUGUGAAAACUAAAAUAGCGGACACUUCACUCGUUUCAAGAGUAAGAACUACAGCUGUAACUAGGCGAAAUAAUGGCUAAAAACUGAUAGAAAAAACAGCAAGAAGACAACUCGGAGGGCGACAUCUGCUAUUUGGAGAAUAUUUGCGGGGCUGGACAAGCCUAAACGUUCACUAUCGAAGAUAAAUUUAACAUCGAUCCAGGUAAGAAUGUUUUAGCUAUGUUUUUAAACUAGGAAUUAUUUAAUUUGAAUGACUAAUAAAGCAAUUAAUGAAUUCGGCUUUCGUAGGAUAUGAAGAAUUAAGCAGAUGUCGGAGGGUGUUAUCCACCUCGACCUUCGGCCUCUGUGGAUAACACCCUCCUCGAUCUGCUUAAUUCUUCAUAUCCUAGGAAAGCCGAAUUCAUUAAUUGCUAAUUAUCAACCUUUCAAAGGAAUCUGGAAUACUUUGUACUGAUUUAAAAGUGGCUAGUGUCAAACCACUGCUCAAGAAGCAAUCUUUGAGGUCGGAUGAAUUCAAGAAUUUUUAGGCCAAUUUUGAACUUGGGUUUUCUGUCUAAAGUAGUCGAGAUAUGUGUUGCCAAGCAGCUCAUUGAUUAUUUAGAUGCCAAUGGUCUCGCUGUCUCAUAUCAAUCAGCGUACAGGAAACUUCACAGCACUGAGACUGCUUUAAUCCGUGUCCAUAAUGAUAUCGCAAUUGCCUCAGAUCAGAAAAGAUCAGUGAUUUUGCUGCUCCUUGAUCUUUCCGCGGCGUUUGAUACUGUAGAUCACUGUAUCUUACUUUCACGCCUUUCUCGUCGAUUUGGAGUUGGUGGUACGGCAUUGGCAUGGUUUCAAUCGUAUUUGGAUGAUCGCACUCAGUUUGUGAAUACCAAUGGAUCUACCUUCGAGCGACGUGUUCUGCAGUUUGGUGUACCCCAGGGGUCGGUUCUUGGACCUCUUUUAUUCUCAUUGUACACCUCUCCACUGAGUAAUAUCGCCAGUAAGCGUGAACUAAGUUUUCGCUUUUAUGCGGAUGACAGGCAGCUUUAUGUAACAUUCGAGACGUCACCCUUACUGACAUGGAAUUGAGCAAGUAUAGAUUGGAAGCCUGUGUACUAGAAAUUUACACCUGGAUGCUUCUGAAUAAGCUAAAAUCAAAUAAAGACAAAAUUGAACUUCUUGUGAUAUCAUCUUUACACCGUGCUCGACCUCCUUUGUCACAUAUUCAUGUUUGUGAUGAGAGAGUGCUGGCUUCACCAAAAGCGGGUAACAUUGGAGUUCUCUUCGACGAAUCUUUGAGUAUAUAUGGUUCCUCAGGUGACAGCAACGAGCAAAUCCGCAUUCUAUCAUCUCCGUAAAAUUAGGCUCAUUCGUAAACAUCUCACCUUUGAUUUAGCCCAGCUUCUUGCUCGAGCUGUUGUUACAUCAAAGCUUGACUACUGCAAUUCGUUACUAUAUGGUUUACCUAAGGACGUGAUUAAACAGCUCCAACGUGUGCAGAAUGCAGCUGCUCGUGUUGUUACUCUUUCGCCCAAGUUCUGUCAUAUUACAUCUGUUCUUGCGAAUCUUCACUGGCUCUCGAUUUAUUUCCGGAUUGAAUUGAAAAUACUUAUCGUUACCUGCAAGACUCUCCAUGGACUUGCUCCUUCUUAUAUUAAAGAUCUUGUUCAAAGUUACCUCCCGGCACGGGAUCUUAGGUCUUCAAAGAAAAAUCUACUUGUUGUGCCUGUUUUUAACAUAAACAGUUAUGGCCGUCGAGCUUUUUCUGUUGCUUCGCCGCUUCUUUGGAACAGUCUUCCUCAGCAUAUUAGGGAUGCUGGAUCACUGGACAUUUUUAAAAGACAGUUGAAAACUGUUCUUUUUAGACGCGCCUUUUUAAAAUGAUUCCGUGACUGUGGUUUUUUUUAUAUCAGGUCUUAAAUUAUUUUAUCUUUAGUUUUUGAUUUUUAAAUUUUAAAUUUUAACUGUGUUUGUACUUUAAAAUUUUAUCUUUAAAUAGCGCCUUUGGACCGUGUGGAAAGGGCGCUUUAUAAGUGUCUCAUUAUUAUUAUUAUUAUUAUUAUUAUUAUUAUUAUUAUCAUUAUUAUUAUCAAAACUAACUAUUAAAACCUAUUUACAAUUAAUUUCGCUGAAGAAGAAAUAUAUAUAUGUUUAGUCAAGCACUAUUUACAAGUCAUUUUAUUUCAUAAGUUAAGGUUCUAUUCAUUUCGAUUAAAAAAAAAUAUUCAUUCAAUUAAAAAAAAAAGCUCAUUUCAAUUAAAACCAAUUCAUUUCGAUUAAAAAUAAAAUAAAAAUAUUAAAAAGAUCCUAAAAUACUAAUAUUGUUAUUAUUAUAGGAAGGAAAAAAUUAUUCAACUGUAAAAAAAUAUGUACAUAAUUUACAGAAAUAUUUGAAGUACAAAUUAAGCACUAUAUAACAUUAAGAAUUAUAUAAAUAAAAAAUAGCAAUGUCAAUAGCGAUUUCGCAUAUAUAUACCUUGCGGCUUAGAUGCGGUCAAUAACUCUUGUAGGCAGUCCAGAGUUUUAAAUUAAGUCAUUACAAAUCCGUCUCUGAUAUUAAAGAGAAAACAAGUCAAAAAGAAUAAAAUCUCGUAUUCCUAAAUUCCUAAUUCUUUAAAAAAAAAAUAUUAUUAUUAUUAUUAUUAUUAUUGUCAUUAUUAUCAUCAGUUUGAUAAGUAUCUGCUAUAAUAAGUUCUAUUAAUGAGUGCUAACGAUCAAAACUCUGGCGAUACUCUAUCUUUAUUCCGCGAGCUCCCAUAUUUUGGUUUUGGCUUAUAGUCAAUACAAUAAUUGUUUUCCCCCAUUUGCCGACGAAAAAGUGCUAAGAAAAACUCUCGGGCAUUUAUGACCUUAAUCUUUUCAGGCUAAACGUACUUGAAGACCCUAAUCCGGGGGAUAGUCUCUAUAAUCAUCGUAUCCAUAGUCGCCACUAUUCCCCAUAUAGUUUCUACAAUUUAAAAGUGAACUUCCCAGCCGUGUCAGUGAUUCGAGCUUCUCUCUUCUACGUAAUAACAUUAGGAGUCUUAGGCGAAACCUUGAAAACUUUCAAGUUCAUCUAUUGGACGAGUUGAAUUUUGAAUUUAGCAUUAUAGGAGUUUCAGAAACUAGAAUAAUCAGCGGUAAAGAAAUGCAUUUUAAUCCAAGCAUACCUGGAUAUGUUUUCGAAUAUGUUCCGACAUCUCUAGCCUCUCACAUUGACAAUUUUAUUGUCUAAAAAGCCUCCUUUUGAUAAAACAACAUCAUCAAACGAAAAAACCGAGGUCUCUUUUACAGAAAAGUAGGUUUCCAAAGGUAAUUGGAAUUUUUGACAAGAAUCAUGAGUUAACCCCUUUGAAAAAAUGCCAAUUUUUCGACCAUAGUAACGUGAUAUUUUUAUCGUCCAAAAAGACUCAUUUGGAGAAAACAUAAUCAUAAAACGACAAAGCCUAGGUCUCUUUUGCAGAAAAAAAAGGCUCGAAAGAAAUUUGGAAUAUUUGACCAGAAUCAUUGGUUAACCCCUUUGGAAAAUGCAAAUUUUUUGACUAUAGUAAAAUGACAUUUAUGUCGUGUAAAAAGCCUCCUUUUGGGAAAACAAUAUCAUCAGACGACAAAAACGAGAUCUCUAAUACAGAAACGUAGGCUGGAAAGACAUUUGGAAUUUUUGAUCAGAAUCAUGGGUUAACCCCUUUGGAAAAAUGCAAAUUUUUUGACUAUAGUAAAAUGAAAGGUGUUGCCUUGUAUAUUAAUGAUUCUCUGAAAUGUACUGUUAUUAAAGAAAUAUCUGAUGAAGCCUUCCAGUCACUUUGGAUCGAAAUCGAAACGUCUGUAUAAAGCUUAAAGUUGACAAUAGAUUACAAACGAGAAGUGGAUGUAUUCGGCGUAGUUCAUUAUGGAAGCCAUUACACUUUCAUCCCUUUUAUACUUUUCUUAUCUUGUUGUUGUUGUUGUUGUUUUUCAAUGAAACAGGAAGGAACCCCAGAUCAAAGCAAUAACAUAAUUUGUUCUGUGAGUCUGUACCUUCUACGUUAAGAAUAAUAACACGAUAAUAAUUCUUCCUCCUUUUUUUCAUAAACUUAGGUUGUGUACUUUUUUUAAAAUUUUUUCAGGUUGUGUACUUGAUCCAGUAGGAGUGUCGGAUAGUAGCAUUAUUUUUAAUCAGAGGUUUUCAGCUUCGUCAUCUCUUAGCGGUCGCAGUCCAUCUGAUGGCCGAUUAGAAGGAUCCAAUGCCUGGAUUCCUGCCACAAACAGUAACAACAAUGAUUUCCUCCAGAUCGAUCUGGGAUCCCUUUACUUUGUUUGUGGAGUAGCAACACAAGGAAAUCCAAAUAAUGAUUAUUGGACAAAAACAUACAAGAUAAAGACGUCCCUGGAUAAUGUCGCGUGGAAAUUCUACUCUGAGGGUGGUUCCGAAAAGGUACAUCCUUUUUUGCUCUAGGUGAAGUAAUAGCGAAAUUAUAAUCGUGGAGACACUAAGUAAUAAAGGAUUGUGUUUACCUCUUAGCCUCGAGAACCAGGAUUUCACAUGCCGAAGUUGCUUUCGUCCCCUUUCUCUCCCUUCCAUUCGCUGUCCUUUCUCUUCUCCCAUCUUCACCGUCUCUAGUUGCCCCCUUCUUUUCUUCCUGCCUCCUGCCUUGCUUUCUUUUUCACCUCACUUCUACAGCCUUCCGUCCUUGGUCUCUCACCGUUUACAUAUGGCAAACGUUGGGGAAAUAAGUAUUAAAAUGUAAAAGAAACUGACAUAUAGACGUGGCUUAACCCUUUUAAUAUCCUUUGCCUAUUGUUCUGCCCGCGGGAGUCAUCGUCAACGUAGUUGCAAUCCUCAUAAAUAUCGUCUGUUUAUAUGUUCUUGUUUCUCCUGUUAACCGUGAGCGGGUAGGGUUAGACGUAGGCUACGUUAAAAAGGCACUAGACGAAUUUUCGACCGGUUGAAAAAUUUGACCGGACACGGAACCGUUCAAUAUUUUCGCUCUCUUGACAUGGAACUUACAAACCAGUUUCCGAAUUUUGAUUAUUUUCAGUUGUUUUUCCAUCUACCCAUGCGCAGAACACUACUUCACAUGAAAUCCAGUAUGGCGUCUCCCAGCUGAGUUACCACACAUCCUUGCAACCACGCCCUUGCUACACAAAAAUUUAGAUGGUUAUGGUGUUCACACCUCUUGAUUUUGCUCAUUUCAAAUGUUUGAACGGCUAGGCGUUCAAGUUUUCGUACGGUUAGCGUGUUUCCGUGCGAAUGAAACACCUAAACGCACGAAUUUGUCUUUCAUCAGAAUUUUAUAGAAAUUUUUGUUAAUUUGCUUUUAGAUAUUUACUGGAAAUGAUGACAAAAACAGCAUUGUAAGAAGUGAACUAUAUGAGCCACUUGCUGCCAAGUUUAUUCGUUUUUAUCCAGUUACAUUUCACAACAGCAAAGCAUUAAGGGUGGAGGUGUAUGGAUCUGAGCAAGGUUGGUCUCUUAGUACUUAUCCAAUACAUACAGUUAAAAAGACAACCAUAGCAUUAAAAAACGCACUUUGAGUGUCAAUGUAUUUAGCACGAAAGUUUUAAUUGGGGACACUAUUAUUUACGUCUGCUACUGGAGAAGUGACCGCCAUUUUACCUUGUCAUUCGAGCCACGCGAAGGUCUGCCCGUCUGCAGAGUAAAGAAAGUACCUUCAUUUCUCAGUUAUUUUAAGACCCUGAGUAUUUGUUCGGCCCCAGGAAUCGAACCCGCGACUUCCCACUCUGUAGUCGAACGCUCUACCGACUGAACUAACCCUGCUGCUAAAUUCUGGUUUGUACAUACGAUGCAAGGAAACUGACUUACCACUUGGUUAAGUGCUCAGUUUUAAUAGGGAGCUUAAGCGUGCAACCACGACGGCGGCGGAAUCAACGUCUCAUCAGAUCACGCUAAAUUUGUCAAAUGUUAGAGAUUUUUUCUCGAGUUGAGUUCUAAGGGUCUGUAUCUCAGUUAAAAAAAAAAGAAAGGAAAGUAGUUGUCUUGUAUUACAUUCUCAAUGAAACGUGAAAUUAAGAAGUUUCACGUCGUUGUCGUACCCUUGACGCCAAAGGAAUGUACAAAAAUACGUAAUGCUCGUGCAAAGUUGUUGUUUGCUUAUAAGGCUCCGUCACACGUAUCCGUUUACCGUCCACACUCACUAAUUCAGUGAAAACGGUCACAGAAAACGCACCCUUUCAAAAACGUUCUCCAGUGUGGAGAUUUUUGAAAACGUCGGCUUUUCUUUUACGUGUGGACGGACGAAAACGGUUUCGAAUUCGGAAUACGAUGAUGUCAUACAUCAUAUACUUCUAGCAUAACGCAUGCUCAAUAAUGAGGCUAUGGUAUUUCCAUCGUUUUAACGUUUUCGUGUGGACGGGUGACUACGAUUCGAAUAUGCUACGUGUGGUUGUGUAUUUGUUUGAAAAUGGAGGUAAAAAUCUCCGUAAUCAAAAAUAUCCGGAUACAUGUUGGUGGGGCAAAACCUAUUGCUUUUUUGCCGUUGUUGUCGUUGGUUAGGCUUCCUAAUUACUGCCUGACCAAUCUUUGUACAUCUAUGGUGAUUAUUUCACGUUUUCUUGUUUCCUCUCUGUUUAUUUUUCUCCUUUACUUUAGAAAAAGGGUGCUUUUAAUAAUUGGAUUUACUAUAUUGAUUUUGUUCCUCCUCGUUUGUUUCCUUCUUUGUCAUUGUAACUAAUAUGGAGCGAAUGGAAAUUUUUUCAAGAGUUCAAAAACUCAUUAAUAAUUCAUAAGGAAAAAACAAAAGAAAGUUUAAUGAGUGAUUUAACGGGAGCACCCAAUGACUGUUUUCUUUGAAAUAUCUGUUCUGAGAACAGAAUUGUCUAGAUUUUUUUAGAUGACCGUUCCACUCAUGUACAAUUUUUGAAGGCUUUCUAAUAAAUUCCCUACGAUUUUGUGAAGCUAAUUUUUUUCCAUUUCACUCCCCAGGUUAAGCCUUUUUUCAAUAGAGAAAAGAAUUUUAAACCUAAAAUUUUUGGAACCAAAAAUGUGAGGCAGACACAAAUUCUCACUUUCGUAAAACUCUAAACUGCAGCUAAAAUUUUCGGGAAAAUAAUGCUGAAGCUCUUGUAAUUUCGAAAAGACUCAACUAACCCUAGGAAGACCGAACAGAUAAAAAUUUUUAGCCCUAGUUAGAAUACGUUUCUAGAGAUCUAAGAGUACUCUGGGUAUCCUAAAAAGUGUUGUCAAUGCAUUUAGGAGGAAACCGUCGUUGGGUGCCCCUGUCUUUAUAUCUGAUAAACAGAUGAACUUUACGUCACGUUUUUUAGACCAAAAUGACCCCAAAUCUAAAUAUCAGUGUAAGAAUGAGUUGAUCUUUAUCAGGGAUUUUGAAGUCGUUAAAAAGCUCGCAGUCUGUAUUAUCAGGUUUAAAACCUGAUAAUCGAAACCGCUCGUUUUUUAAACAGUACAUUUAAUUUUUCUUAAUUAAUAUGCCAUAUUUCCUAAUGUUUUUACAGGUUGUUUUGUAUCGUUCAAGAAUGAACGCGGUAAAACGAGGGAUUUUACAAUUACAAAAUCCUCAGAAGAUGGUGGACAUAAAGCUAUUUGGAGUCGCCUUUAUGGUACUCACGGUUGGUGUAGCUUUUCAGUAUCCCUACCCCAGUACCUACAGGCUGAUUUCGGACAAAUUGUAACAGUCACAGGCGUGGCCACUCAGGGAGAUGCUCAAAGGAACAACUGGGUGACAAGCUAUUUAAUCCGCUUUGGAUAUGAUGGUAAAACAUGGAUUAGUUACGGAGCUGGACAGGUAAAUUUUCAACAUGUAUUCAUAUAUCUGUGUGGAUUUGCUUAAACUGAGCUCCAGGAGUUUUUCCUUGACAUUCUCAUUUCGGGCUCGUUUACUUUACUUUUUUCUUUUUUAUAACGUUUUGAGUACACAAAUCGUCUAACAAACUGCAGUAAGCAUUAAAUCAGGUUCAUCCUCGUUGUAAAAACCUUUGAAACUCACGAGUGACGUAAAACAAUGAAUACAAAGAGCCACUGACAAGCCAACACAAUAGAGCCAAGGAAAAUAAAAGCUAGAAAACAAAGAAAAACUUCGCAUUUUACACCGAGAUAAACCCUAAAAUCAUGUGUUUAUAAUGCUGUCUGCAUCUUUCUUCAUCCUCCUCCCUCGGCCCUACCACGAACACCAUUACCUGCGAUCAUUUCCCACAAUUCUCAUUUUCGUGUGAUAAAACAAUCGAACUUGAAAUCAGCGCGCGCGAUAGAAGUAGUUUUCUGUAGUCGGUUAAUUUUCUAGUUUUCCUUUUGGCCGCCUGGAGCAAAGUUUUCCGGGAGGCAUUAUUAAACCUUAUGAAGGAACAAGUCUCAAGAUUGGCAAUCGUCCAACAAGGGCUCGAGACAGAAAAGUAUCAUAUUGCGAGCUUUGUUGCAAGCAGCAUAACAGGCCAGAGCGCCGAUUUUAAGUACUAGGCGACUUUGAAAGACGCGUGCUUCACAUAUUUGUGGCGGAUUAGAAUGCCGGCUUGGUCAGAGGCCCUUUGUUUAAAACAUGGCGGGAUACUCGCAGCUUAAGGCAAGCAUGUGCCUUGUAGCUGUCAACAUAAUGCUUUUUAAUUACAUUCUGUCAUAAUUAACAAAACCCGAUCCAUGUUUGAUUGAAAGUAAUUGUACAAAUCUGGUACCAGACAAACCGCUUUUAAAAAACAAAAACACAAAACUAGUUUAUGGUUAUUUCUCAUUAAUUUCACUUGAUCAAAACAAAUAUUUACUUUUAUCAGUUUUCCCGUUUCUUUCAAAACAUCCUUCAUUUCCGGGCGUUUCACUGUAGUCAAUGAAAGAUGCGUUUUAUCGGUCUUCUUUUUCGCGGGAAUAUCAAAAUUUCCAUCUUUCAAAACGCGAUGAACCAAAGCUCGCAGGAUACCAAAGCGCCAAAGGCGCACGAUGCAGUCCCGGUGUUUUGUGAGCAUCCGUUAAAAAUAUUGAACGCCAAAACUAUCAAGUUUUGGUACAGCGAGAGGCAGCUAGUUUCUGUACCCAAAGGUUAGUGCAUGGACAGGCUAUCGAAAGAAAAUAAAAGGGAUGGUUGCCCAAUGGAUAGCAGGCCUAACUACGCAAAAUAAAUGUCUCAUUGCAUCCUUGUCUGCGAGGUUAGUACUAAAUUUACACUCUAGAAUACAUUACACAACUCAAUCAGCAACACUUUGCAAGUAGAAUUGGUGAUCAGUGUUGGCAAUUUAUAUUUCUAAGGGACGUCCGUCGCACAAAGGCUUAACGCGCGGGUGUUUUUAGUCAAUGACUGACAUAACAGUUUCCUCACAAUCGACCCAGUUAGAAUGCGAUAAUGCGCGCGUGAACUUUGCCUACAACUGGCAAUAAGCUGAAUAAACUGGAAGCUGAACACCAUGAAUAAGUUACCUAAUUACAUCGCAGGUUCUUUUUCUUUUUUUUUCAACUACCGGAGAGGUUCUUCGUGCAUUCUGUUGCGCAGUUUGGCAGUGAUAUUCCUGCAAUGGUUUUAGUACUGGUCCCGUUGCCGAAACCUUGCACCAGCAAGAUACGGUAAUCGAGAGUCGAGAAUCGAGAAUCGAUAUUGUACUCGGGACAAGAAAAGGUCGCCGUCCAAGGAACAACUGAUGAAAAGCAAGAGCUUCAAGCUGCUGAGAAUCGCCAAUUCUGGAUUACAAGCAGUGAAGGAACUCCUGAGAAGCGUCCAAAUUAUAAAGGAACUUUGGAGGCCAGUCAGCCACGGUGAUUGUCGCACCACGCAUAAAGUAGAAUAAAUUUGUUUGCCUGGUCUUGUCUUUGCCACAAAUCACGUAAAACUAUAAAGAAGGUACCACUAUGAACUCUGGAAAAUGAAAAUUCAAUAAUACUAUGGUUGACGACUGACAGUUUAAAAGAGAGACAACCUUCACCUCAGAAUCUUGGGCGCGCCGCCUGUAAGCUCUGAGGGAGAGGGAAGCCCCAUAAUUUGGCCUAUUUCAAAAACAAAUGAAACUACAAAAAUAACCUACAAUUAUAAUUUCAAAAGAGAGACUACCAUCACCUCAGAAUAUUGGGCGCGCCACCUGUAAGCUCUGAGGGAGAGGGUAGCCCCAUAAUUUGGCCUAUUUUAAAACAAAUGACAAAACAAAGAUGACCUACAAUAAUAAUUUGGAUAAUGACCGACAUUUCAAAAGAGAGACUACCAUCACCUCAGAAUCUUGGGCGCGCCGCCUGUAAGCUCUGAGGGAGAGGGUAGCCCCAUAAUUAAAUUGGCCUAUUUCAAAAACAAAUGACACUACAAAAAUAACCUACAAUAAUAAUUUGGAUAAUGACCGACAUUUCAAAAGAGAGACUAACAUCACCUCAGAAUCUUGGGCGCGCCGCCUGUAAGCUCUGAGGGAGAGGGUAGCCCCAUAAUUAAUUUGGCCUAUUUCAAAAACAAAUGACAGUACAAAAACAACCUACAAACAUUGUUUGGAUUAUGACCAACAUUUCAAAAGAGAGACUACCUUCACCUCAGAAUCUUGGGCGCGCCGCCUGUAAGCUCUGAGGGAGAGGGUAGCCCUAUAAUGUGGCCUAUUAAUUAAGUAAAAAGCAAGUAACAAUACAAAGGUAACCUGAAAUAAUAAUUUUUGGAUUAUGAUUGACAUUUCAAGGAGGCUAAAAUGACUGAUAUAGAAACCAUACUGUAUCUGUGACGUUGAUUAUACAGAUCGCCCAAGCGAAUAUUGAAGAUGUUGAAGUGGAAGCUAGAAUAUCUGGAGUAAUCCAGGGUCUUGGGCUCCUUCCAGCCAAUAAGAUUUUGGCGGGAUUUCGAUAGUGCUUGGCGGGCUUUUUGGAGAGUGAUUUGUCACUGGAGGCACAUCGACGCUUACAUCGUCUUAAGCCAGAGAAAAAAGACUUGAAUCCUUCGCCGUUUGAUCAAAAAGGUCGUCCAUUGAAUCAGAUAAUCGGUCUUGCUGUUCCUCAAGGGGAUGUGAAGUAGAGCUCGAGCUCUCGCCUUCGUUUUCUCCGGCGACUAUAAAAUGUGCAUUGUUGACGGCUUUUCUCAAACGUUCAAAUAGAGAAGAUUUAAAAAUUUCUUUGGUCAGGGUCUUUUCCACGCCGAGUUCCUUCCAAACCGGAGAAAGAUGUGCCAGCAGAGAGUGUAUUCCUACUUGUGGCUCCACAGUAAAAACUUGAUACGCCGACUCGCUGUUUUCGCUUCGAAGGUCACCAAUGUUGACACGGCAUACUACUCUUGGCAGAAGUUAAAUAAGCCAUCGGAGCACUAUUUUCUUAAAAGAAAGUACUUGAAAAACCAUUGAAAGCGUAUCAAGCCUAUUUGAAUCCAAAUGCGGCGAGAAAACUGUAGUUAUCAAUUGCGAAGCCAGAGGCGCGAAGAUCGACUUCCAAAUUUUCAAUCGACCGUGAAAUGAAUUUAUAAUACCCAAAUAGUCUGAUCAAAUUUCGCGUUUCCUUGAGAUGUCUGGUUCGUUUAAUCAGAAGUACAAAGUUCCUUGACAGGUAAUGUGUCCGGCGCUCUCCAAACGUGUCUGGAGGAAUGCUUAAAACUAAUUACCUUGUCUGUUAUUGGAAACCGAUUUGUGGUGGUUGCUGUGGAGAUUAGGCCUCCUCCUGCGCGCACUAGAAUCGGGGCUCUGGCCUGUUAUGGACGAGUCUCUGGCCUCAAAACGUAGGUUGUAGGAGUCGAACAAUGUAGCAAUUUGUAGUCCGACUGUCCGAUUACAGCCUGCAAUUCGAAGCUCCGCAAUGAACCUAUUUGUACAUUAAAUGUGUAUGACUAUCUAACGUACUAAAAUAAUAUUAGAAGCCAAUGCAAAUUCAUUCACAUCUAUAACUCUUUGAAAUUUUCAAGUAGACUUCAAGUGAGUAAAAACAAAAUCACACAACCUUUUAACUAAUGAACGUUUAAAUCUUACUUUUUGUUGGACAUAAUGAGUAGACAGAUAAAACAGAGGACAUUUUUACCCUAAAGCGGAAGAUUUACUUAGUGCUUAAUGUAUUCCUGACAACUUUUCUUGUUUGUCCGUUAAUUAUUGGAACUUCAGUCGAGGACCGGGCCCCUGAAGGGACAUUUGCAACCCCGCUUAGGCUGACUCGUCCCCAGUCACGAGAAGCGUGACCGAAGGGAGCGCGAGGGGUGAUGGAAAGGAGAAAAAGGAGAAAAAUUUCUCCUUCCCAUCACCUCUAGCGCUCCCCUUCAACCGAUUUGGGAAUAUACCACACAGAUUGUGGUCUCUUGUAAAUAAAAUUAUUUGUAUAUCUCCACUUACUUUGUUCUUGAUCUACCCACUCAGCAUUUGACUGGAAACAGCGACAGAAAUACCAUUGUUGUCCACUUGUUUGCUUCCCCGUUUGCAGCGCAAUAUGUCAGAAUAUUUCCCAAAACAUAUACUGGUAAAAUAUGUAUGAGAAUGGACUUGUUUGGCUGUAAGGAUUGUAAGUAUAAUUUGUUAGAAGGGAUUUUAAAAAAAAUUGAAUGAAUGGCAUACAUGUGCUGCCCGUAUACACAGUAAAUAAUUCAUAAUAAAAAUUAAAAAUUUAUAACUUGCCUUUUCCAUGCAAAUGUGAUCAAAAGCGCUUUACAAUGCUUUAAAUGUUAAAAAAGAAACUAUAAGCUGAAAUGUACAUUUUAAUUUGGGCUAAAAAGUAACUUAAGCUUAAAAACUUGAAUAAACAAACGAGCUUAAUCUUGCCAUCACUGUGCUAGGCGCUUGUAGCUAGUCUCACACGCAGCCGUUUUUGUCUCGUCACGCAACGCUCCUCCCAUCUUGCUUCCUCAGGUCACCAAUCAGCCUCAUCUUGCCCGCCAGCCGUAUAAUAAGUACAGCUGCACGUUCUAGCGUGCGCAAAGGAAUAUUGGAUGGAGAUAUCUACCGGCUAACUGCUACCGUCGAGAAGGGCGGAAUCUGUAGUUAGAAGUGAAUUUUGUGAAUUUUUUUUCGUAAACGGUAAUGCAAACUUUUCUGUCAGAAGACAGUGUUUGUAUAGGUCAUCAUACGACUUCAAGUUCAAUUUUGAAUUUAUUUGCAUGAGUGUGUUUUUCAAAAAAGUAUCAAACGGGCAAAAAUUUACUACAUCAAAACUCGUCCUCAAAACAUCCCCACAAUGCAAUUCGAUCGUCACAACACUUGAACCCAGUCCCACGCGCAACCUCAAAGUUGCCAAUAAAGAUUGCGGCGCCUGAUUGGUUCUUAAACAUUUCUAUUGUUUUUUGCCAAUCACGGUUCUUCAUUACCUGAUAAUUGAAUUAUAUUUCCUCGUUUUUGCACUCAGUUUACUUAUAGGCUUUUUACAGUCCAUUAUUUUUCCGUAAGUUCCUCGAGAUCAACCGCUUUAGUUACAGCGGCUAUGUACCUUGGAUUUGUAUGAAAUCUACUUUCUCGCCUCCCUCCCCCGACAUAAACCCCACAUGCUAUAAACCCCGACACCCGCCCCUUGGUACAAAUGGAAGCAAGAUGGCCGCCCGUACCGGUAAGCACAUGAUCUUAAAACUGCAUUGCUCUCAGCCAAUCAGAUUCAAUAAACCCAAUUGUCUGUAAAAUUAAGAUAUUGUAUUUGAUAAGUUUCCCAAAUUAUUUCUUGUCGUCUUUACAUUGAUUAUUUGCUUGUCUUUUUCAGACCAAGUUUCGUUGGCGUUAAACAUUAAUCUUGACGAUGUUCGUUUGAUAGCCGACACUAGUGAAUCUGUGACUCUAACCUGUGUGGCUAGUUACAGCCCUCGGCAACCCUCUGGGUAUAGUUGGAGAAAAGACGGAACGGGGCUGUCUGACACAACCUCCUCUCUUACCAUCCCUUACAACAGUGCCAGUAAUAUCUACAGUAACUCUUGUGCAAGAAAGCUUCAAUCAGCCAGUGAAGUCCAGUGUAAUUCAACCUACCAAUGCUCUGCGUCACUUUCUGGAAUACAAAGCAGGCAUUUUACCACUGCAAAUGUUAUUGUGUCUUUAAGUAAGCAAAAACUUAUGCGUACCUUGGAACGCCUUUUUGAUCGUUAUUGUGUGUACGAAAAUUAAUUUAAUAUUAGGGAACACGCAGUUUUCAAGAAUUUAAUAUUGCAUUCCAAAAAUGCAUGACUGUAAACGGUAUUAGGUGAAAGAAGUACUUUCUAAAAAUAACACCUCAACCUUUAACGUCUUCUAAGUGGUUAACGUAUUUCUCUAAAAAAUAUAUUAUCCCUUUUUUCAGUGCGUGCGUUUGUUUAUUUGUUGAUUUCGUCACCUGUUCAACAGUUUAAGUGCUAGAUAUUAGAUAACCUUAUAAAUUAGGCUCAUAGUGAGGCACAUUUUUGUUGUUUUCAGAGAAACCAGGCCAGCCAGUUGUUCAAGUUAAUCCAAGUGAAGUUAAUGCAAGAUCAGCAUUAGUCACAUGGUCGUAUAGUCCUGGAGUGGAUGAAAUGCCUGUUACUGCCUACAACCUUGAGUAUCGAAAUAGUACUUCUACAGAUGAUAUAACUUUGGGAGUUGUAUUAAGAAAACAGAUUAUCAACCUCAAGCCAUACACAGCCUACAUUGUUAGGUUGAUAGCCACAAGUGUCUUAGGAAAGGGUCUGUGGAGUAAUUUCCAGAAUUUCACAACAAAAACUGCCAGUAAGUGAUGAUGCAAAUUAGAUGCAGUUCUGAGAAUGAUAAUUCUUGUUCUAAAAUAUGGACCGCCACAUCGUUGUAGCGGCUCCACUCAGUCGAGUAAUGAAGUAUCAACUACUCAUCUAACAUAUGUUUCCAUUAAAAUCUGAGGAACUGUGAAAGGCGUGUAUGCAAACUAAUUCCACGUUUUUCCUUGUAGUAAUCAGGCGUCCGGUCACAGGAUAGAACUAUUCAGAUUGAGUAUCAAUUGAUUUAAACUUAACCUGUUACUUUCCCCUUUUAGAGCCUGAAGUCGAUGUCCAGAUCGUGAGUGUAACAAGUCCUACUACUUCCUACUUUUUUUGCAGAACCAAGCGCGCCACCUCAAAACAUAACCUCUGAAAAGAUGAACGAAACAACUUACAAAAUAAGUUGGAAUCCCCUUCCCAGAGACAAGACCAAUGGUAGAGUGAUCGCAUAUGAAGUGAAUCAGACAACGCUUUCUAUUACACGCACUACAAGAUCCGCGUCCACUCCGUCAGUUCUACAAAACACAACAGACACAUUUAUCGUUGUAACUGGUCUUUCAUCGUGCUCUGUUUACAAAGUCGAAGUGCGUGCCUACACUUCUGCUGGGCCAGGAGUCUUUGGUAGACUUACUCGUAACAUCGCGACUUCAGGUAUUUCACUGCCACAAGUCGACUUAAAACGGACACGAUAGGGACAGAGCCGAGUGUGCGCGUUAUAGAGGUGUCCCCUUAGAGAUAGGUAAAGUUUUGCUUCUUUGAGAAGAACUGUCCAAAAUAGAGAGGUGUUAGGAUUUGGUACGAUCUCCAAGGGAAACUGAGCCGCUUCUUUGACAGAACUAAUAUUAAGCUACACAGGGAAAACUUUCCGUUCCAAAGAAAGCAAUAUACACAAUCGUCGAAAAUGUUCUUUGCCGGAAGGGCGAUGUAUUUGACUCGUUCUCAUAGAUUGUGUGUUCAUCCCUUACAAUCAUUGCAAAUGAUCAUUACUGAUUGGUUGUAGUUCCAAGUGAACCAACUGACGUGAAGACGCAAAAUCCUGGUAAACGAAGCAUAACCUUGCAGUGGGGUAAACCGAAACUACACGGGGAUGAUGUACAACGUUACAAGGUAACUUUUGACUUUCCUUAUAACGAAUAUUUAUAGAGUUCUAAAGUGAUGACGCCAUAAAAAUCAAAUUUUUGAAAUUAUGGGAUUCGCUGGAAUAUUUUGAAAGAACAUGUGAAAGAAAUAAUUCCAAUGCCUCGCCUUUUUCUUUGAGAUAGAACCAUAAUUGUGCAAUUUUUGCGUGUUUUUUCAUGUAAUCCUCGAAUAAACACCAAAUUCUUCUGAUUGCAAGCGGCGUUUAAUUGAGUGAAUAGUGGUAACUGUGAGAUCGACUACACACUUCGCCCCAGUCCUCUGACAUUGGAUCAUAUACAAUGUAUUCCGCCUUAACAGGGCACCUUACGAAUUUUCGACUCCGCCUCGUGUAAGGAAAUCCAGGAUAGUUUUGGAUUCUGGAUUCAACGCUGUGGAUUCCGCAUUAUAGGUACUGGACUCCAGUAUUUGUCAGUAGAACUUGAAUUCUGGAUUCAUUGAGAUGUAAUCCGGCUUCCAAAACCCAGGAAUCCGGAUCCCUUUGUAUGGGGCGAUAUUACCAGUUGCAAAUUCGUGCGUUUAGAUGAUCUGUUCACGAAACCACCUUAACCGUGCGAAAAUAUAUACGCCUCGCCGUUCAAAGUUCCGUGUGGAAAAGCGAAAAUAUUGAACGAUCCCGUGUGAACGAAGAGUCCGGUCAAAUUUUUCGGCCGUUCGAAAAUUCCUUGCUAUGUCGGCGUAGCCUUAUAGACAACCAUAUAAUUACGUGACAGUUAUUGAUGUAUACCGCAGAUAACCUUUAAAGGUACAAAGGAUUAUUAUCCAGAAUUUAAACCGCAUACUGGAAUUCAAGAAACGGAGUGUCCGACGUUAAGAUUGACAAUCACCAAUCUGGUCCCUGGUACAAAGUAUGCUUUUGUUGUGAUGGCUGAAACCUACUGUGGCCACGGAGGCAACAGUUCUAUUGCGCAGGGAAGCACAAAAGUGGAUGGUAAGUUAUUUACUGUGUGUGUACGUUCCGUUGUUCAAUAACGAUGUCCUCUUAACUAUUUUCCAACUUUCCAACAGGGAAAAUCCGUUUGUGCUGAUAGAUGAGGGCGAAGAAACCAACCAGUGAUAACACUGAAUUAAAAAUAAAUCAAAAACAAAAACAACAAAAUUAAAAUAAAAAACAAAACAAACAUACAGAAACAAAACGUAGGAUAAUUUUCUUUCGAGUAGAAAGUAUACACAGUACGAAAAAUUUACUCCGUGCAAAUUUGGUGCAAAAAAUUGCAAACUAAGGUUAAAUAAAAGGCAAAGAUGGUAAAUACCUCAUUUGCCCUCAAAUUUACAACCCCAUGUAAAUUGGCAAGCAAAUGCGGUAUUUACCAUCUUUGCUUUUGAUUUACCCCUAGUUUGCACUUUUUUGCACCAUAUUUACACGAGUAAAUUUGUGUAAAUCCAACUUUUCGUGCAGUGAUAAUAAAUUAAACUAAUUAUUGCGACCGACAAGAGGAGCCCGCAAUCCUAAUCUGCGGGUUGCUAUUAAGCACGCGUCGGAUGUAUGUAGCCAGCCGGUAUUCGUUUGGACUUCCACUAAGAAUGAAUGGAAUGCACAGAACGUGAUUUGAUCACUCGCGAAUGGACCUUCUAUCGCUCGUAAUGUGACCACACGUGUUUCGACCAUCUAUCACGUGAAACGUAAGCAAAGCACAGCGAUGGAGCAAAAGCGUUUUGAUCUUCGAUCGUAGUCGCCCGCACUCCGUAACCUUUGGUUAUUGCUAGUCAUUAUCAUUAAUAAAAAGGGUUAGAGGGAUGGGAGUCCUCAUUUUUUGGUAGUGGGCGGGGGGGGGGGGGGUGAUCCCAUUGAAAAAAUAUUCGAUAAGUGGAGGAGCAAGAAAUGUUACUAAGUACAACCAGCCACAUGAAGUAAUUGAAACGAGCAGAAAACAUCGAUGAACUGGAACUACAGCCCAUAAUUAUUCUCAGAAUCUUUCUACACAGAAUAGAACCAAUGCAAUAGAAUAGCAUUAGAAUAGCACCAUAGCAAUCGAUCGAAUUUCCGGUUUCCCUGUGUAAAUGGCUAAAAAGUCUCCUAUUUUCACUGUUAUCUUUUGUUCGGCUUACAGCACCUUUGGCGCCUGUAAACCAUGACGUCCACGUAAUCGAAACAAAAGGAACAUCUGUGAAUGUCACAGUGUGGCAUGCAUCACAAACCAAUGGUCCCAUCAGGUAUGAGUCAUCUUAUAACCCCUUAAAAAUAUUAUACAACUGUAAACAAGUACAUAAAGAGAAAAUCUUACACAUGGCUGACGUAAAUGGAAAUUUUUCCUUUGCUUCGCCUCUACUAUUAAAAUAAUAGUCUUCAAAAUGCCACAGUUCAGUGACGAAUUGAUUGCACUUCAAGACUUGCAAACCAAUUGUCUCACUGAAUCAUGUUGUCGGCCGAAUCGUUAUGUGUGAUAGUGUUACAAACCAGAGAAGAGAAGUCAUCGGUAAAUAAUUUUGAUGUUCCUCGCUUGAGGUUCAUUUUGACUUUGAUUGUGGACAGACUUCUAGCCGUUUGUAAAUCGAUAAUUUUUUGAGCAGUUAGAAGUAAAAGCUUUCUAACAUGUGUUUUUCUAUUUUGUUUUUAUUUUUCUGAUACUGACAGUGAUUAUCAAGUUUUGGUGCAAAAAGUGAAUGACUGGUGUAACGAGGUUUCUGACUGGAAGACACUUGGAUCAGAUAUAUAUAUUGCUGCUCAAAUCCCCGGUAAUUCUGUGAAUCCAUCCAUGGUUUUUGAGGUCGGAGAUGGUAAAACAUAUGAUGGUUAUGAAAACAAGCAACUGUCAAAUGGUCAGAAGUACAAGAUAUAUUCCAGAGGAUUGGCUCGCCGCGCAACAAAGGUAAACGAGUUCAACAGCGACGUUGCACGUUUUACGAUCAUCGUUCGAACGUACCGCGUGUCUUACAACAAAAUCGGUUGCAAGUUUUUUUAGUGGGUGGUAAAACGCGCAACAUCGCUGUUAAACUCGUUUUGCAGUAAUGUUGAAAAAUUAAACAAGUUGCACGUUUUUGUUGCUCGUUUUACAGGGUGAACUUUUUAAAAGCGUGUGUGAUAAAAGCUAUACAAGGGUCUUAACCUUCAUUACGCAAACUUCACUAAAGUGUACAAAUUUCAUUUUGUAAAUCCCCGAAAAACAAAUGCUUCUGUGCAAAAAACAGUUGCCGAGGAGAAUUCGUUUGAGUCGUCGUACCAUAGAAUUUCAGUUGAUAUAGUUUUUCCAACAUCAACUGCCUUAUUAAAGAUUUAUUACGGUUAAACUCACAAAAACAGGUUAUUACGCUCGAGAAGAGGAGCCCGCAAUCCUAACCUGCAGGUUAUUAUUACGCAUGCGUGGCAUGUAUACAGUCAGCACUAGACAGAAUCUAUCCUCUUUUUCAGAAACGUUCUGUGGAUCAAAACUAUUUGCUUGGUAAAGCAAGUCUAAUUGCCAAAGUUCAAAUAGAGAAAGGUAAGAUUGUUUUUUUCAUAUUUUGUGUGGGAAUAGCCUUUCUUUAAAACGUUCCUUUCAUUGACUGAAUCAGAAACAAGAAAGGUUAAGCACAUUCUGUUUUCCUGUUUCGCAUUUCAUUUUAUUUCUGUGACAAAAUUAAAAGCCAGUGGUCCCGCUUCGAUAACGAUUAUACGGCAAUACCGAAAACCAGAAGUUAUUUUCAGUUGCGUAAGGGUACGAUCACGAAAUGAUGUAAUGCAGAAGGUUGAAAAAACAAUGGCACCAAAAAUAGUUCUUGCUUAAACCAGAAACAGCACAAAAACCCUGUUAAUUCAAUCACCCACCGGCAUGGACCACGGAAAUUUGUACGUAAUAAGGAGGUUUUCUAUGGUGUGACCGGCCAUUUAAGUGAAUCCUCUUCAGCAGUAGUUUUAGAUGGAACUUUUAACUUUUCAUUAUUGCUGAGAGGGCCAUACAUGUAGUUGACAGACAAAUAGAAUGAGGAACUAUAAUUGGCUUAUUGACUUCAGACUAACUGAUAGAUAGAGAAAACUCUUCCAUGCACAGACUGAAUGAUUCAGUGAGACACUGUGAUUCACCUACCAGAAAGAGUCAGAAUGACGGAUCAGCUAAACUAAUAACCACCUUCAGACUCACUGACUGAUUGACUGACUGGCUGACUGACUGACUGACUGACUGACUGACUGACUGACUGACCGACUGAUUGACUGUCCGACUGAUUGACUGACUGACUGACUGACUGACUGGUUGGAAUGUUCUUUCACUCAUUUUCAUGCUCAAACCUUUAGUUUACAAAUCUGAUGAUGCAGACAGACAGGGAGGGGACACCGGCUCGCAAUCCGGCGACAAACCUUCAAACACAGGUUUGUUAGUUGAUUUUUUAUAGUUUCCCAAUAUUAAUUGUAAUCGAACUAAAAGACGGUUUGUUUUAGGAGCUGAAUUUUGGAAUAUCUAUGCAUUAUAAGCAACAACCAAGUUCCCAAAAUCCUCUCCCUCCGUCCCUUUGAGGGAAGAAGGGAUAUGACGUAAGGAUGGGAACGAGGUUGUAUUUAGAAAUCGCCUAUUGAUUCACUGAGUGACCGGAACUUUAACAUUGCAGCAUCCGUAAUAUCAUCCAUCGUCUUAGGGAUUGCAUUGGUCAUUUCUCUUGGAGUGAACCUUUACCAAUGGCAUGCUCGGGGAAUUUCCAAAUCUGGCAAAAAGUAUUCUUCCGAGGAAUUACGAGUCGAAGCUCACCAAAUUGAGGAAG